AUGGAUGAAAUACCAACUCGGACAGAAAGACCAGGAACAAGCGUCCUCAAUGAAAGAUUUACAUUUGCGACUUCAUUAUGCAUUAUGUUUAUCGGAAAAUUCAAUGUGAAUGACAACCCCCUGCUCCGCAAAGUACUUCAUGCUGCUGUGAACAGUGGAGAUGAAAGUACAGUAAAAGUUUUUCUUGAACAUGAUAAAGAUAUCGGCCGAUCCUGUUUACAAGAAGAAAUCAAUGAUAGCUAUUUGAUUCAUGAUAUUUCUAAAAAGGGAAUGGAGGAUAUUUUGUCACAUUUAGUGUCGAAGACAGAAGAUAUCGUUGCUCAGCAAAUGAAGAGAAAGGAUGAACAGGGAUUUACUCCACUACAUCAAGCUGUAAUCAACGAUCAAAGCAGUCUUGUUAGGUACAUUGGAUCAAUGAACAUGGAUUUUGUAAAUGAAAAGACGGAAAAUUCUCAGUCUGCUUUAGUCCUCGCUGCAGAACGUGGCUAUCAGCAGGUCAUCGAGGAACUGCUGGAUCUGAAUGCUGAUUUUAACAUCCGCGAUGGCAGCAAUGGAAACAGAACAGUUCUUCACUAUGCAAUCGCUUAUCCUAAAAUAUUAAAAAUUUUACCUAAGAAAAACGAUCGUAUCCUUUCAUUGAUAAAUGCAAAAAGAGAAGGUAGUGGUUGUACUCCCAUUCAUGACGCAGCUUGUAACGGACUUCUUGAGAGUGUAAGAAUUCUGCUGGAACAUGGCGCUAAUCCGAAUGUCUUCACAAAGAGAUAUCAGACACCAUUAUAUUACGCUGUUCAUUCUCAGAACUCUGAUGUGGUUAAAUUAAUCCUCGUCCAUGAACCAGCUUUGAUCAAUAAGGUCGAUCAUAUGAGGGAAACCCCGCUUCAUGCAGCAGCAAAAGAAAAUAGCUCCGAGGUCGUCAAAUGUCUACUUAAUAACGGAGCAAACAUGUUAACCGACAAAGAUAAGUCUACUCCUCUUCAUAUCGCAGCGCAGCACGGACAUCUCGACAUUGUUAAAUUAUUGGUGGAGCAUGAACCUUCCAUGAUCAAUUGCAAGAACGUCAAAGAACGAACAGCAUUGCUCGAAGCUGCUUCACAUGGCAAAAUAGAUGUGGUGAAAUAUUUAUUGGAUGAAAAAGCAGACAUUACGAAAGAUAAAGAAUUAUUUGGCUGCUUGGAUCAUGCCAUUUUAAAUGGCGAUAAAGAUAAUGCUAUUGCGAUGGUGUGUCAUGAUAGAUGGGAUGAGAUAAUAGAGAAAACAAUGUAUGGUCCACAAGUAACAAUGGCCAUUUUGAUUUCGAAAAAAAUGUCAGAGGUGGCAUAUCAAGUUUUGUGUAAAAGCAUGACACCUACAAAUCACCCAGAAAGUGAUGAUUAUAAAGUCGAAUACGACUUUAAGUGCUUACAAAAGAAUCACUCAGAGACAAGUAAAGGAACUAAAAAAUUCAAGCCGUUGACCGCUAUCGAAACGAUGGUACUUUUUAAAAGCUACAAAUGUUUACGUCAUCCUGUCUGCUGCAAAUUCCUUAAAGAAAAGUGGAAAGAACUUGGAUGGAAGGUGUCUACAUUAAGCAUCAUUGUCUACAUCGCAUUUCUUAUUUCUCUGAACGUGUAUGCAACUAAUAUUCCUUCAUACAAUCCAUCAGUAAAAAGCACAGAAUUACCAGAAGCAAAGAUAAAUGUUAAGGCAGCGAUGGUUUGUUGUCUUGUUUUUACUGGCAUUGAAAGUUUGAAUGAAAUAAUUCAGAUAGUGGUUGACGUGGAGAUACAGGCUCUAAAGAAUUAUUUUUUGGAUCCAGUCAACUAUUUGGAAUGGCUUCUCUACACAACGACAAUCAUCUUUGCUGUACCAAGUCAUGAAAAUAUCGCUGCAAAGACAAGUUUACAAUGGAAAGCUUGUUCUUUAGCGUUGUUCUGUGCUUGGAUAAAUUUAGCCAUGUAUCUAAGAAGGUUUGCCUCUUACGGUAUCAUUAUUCAAAUGAUGUGGGAAAUCUUCGUCACAACAAUGAAGGUUAUACUGGUUUUCAUAUGUUUCAUGGUCGCUUUUGCAGCAGCUUUUACGUCCAUCAUGAAUGACAGGGAGGUGUUCAAGAACUUUGGUUAUUCUCUGCUAACUGGAGCAAUGAUGACAUUGGGAGAAAUUAAUUUUCAAGACACGUUUCUUGGAGACCGCGGUCAUUUCAACACAUUUUUCCCGCUACAAUUGUGUCUUGUUUGUUUAUUUAUCAUCAUCAUGCCAAUCAUUGUCAUGAACCUUCUGCUCGCGCUUGCGAUUGGUGAUACCAGUAGAAUUAUGCAAGAUGCUAAGCUGCAGAAACAUAUUCAAACUGCGAAAAUGAUUAUCGAUAUCGAAAGAAAAAAGUACAUACCUUGGAUAAAAACUUGUUUUAAACAAACAAAAACGUCCGUAAAGCAUAUAGAAGAAAAACCCAACAAGAAGCACGGCCUCUCUCAUAAGUUUUGGGAAAUUAUAUUUUAUGGACCUGAUUUUUCGUCCGAUUCAGUUGACGAGGUUUUCGAAACCAUUGGAAAGAACGAUAACAUGUCGAAGUGGAUUGAAUUUGUUGAAAAAUUGCGAAGGGAAAACUGUAAAUCAGAUUGUAAAGAGAGCCAGGAGUCUUUACAGAAGAAGAAAGAGAAUGAACCAACUGAGAAAGAUUCUCGCCCUUUUUUCGAGGAAUUGAAGAGGCGAUACAUUCAAAUGAAUUCUGAUGAUCUGCAGCCGAAAUGAGGAGGACAACAGAUAUAAAAUAAUAGCAGUUCAUAAUUUCUAAACAUAAGUACUCAUGCACGUGUAUUAUUCAUACAUGAAAAAUUUCUCAAUUCUUAAUGGUUUAGAGCAGGGAAAUUUGUAGUAAAUACCAGUGCAAAUUGGUAUUAAUAACUUGCCGGCUGAAAUGCAUACGUACAUUGAAGUUAAAAAUCAACAGGAUUAAGAAAUUUUUUCAUGUAUAUUAUUAAUAAUCAACAGCAACAUAGUUUCUAGUGAGAUUUGGAAAAAAAUUGCCACGCAAAAUCAUCGUUACUUUUAAUAAUAAUGACAUUAAAACCCAAAUAAGUCUGAAGAUUUUAAUGGAAUUUUUUUAAUUCAAAUGCAUUGAAGGAUUACUUAUUGUAUCUGUGAAAGAUGACAUGCUCCUAAGGUGCAAAUCACAAUAAAAAUUUCAGUCGUGACGUCAAUUAAAUAAAUGUUAACAUA